CUGCAGUAAACUUCCAUGGUGAUUUUCUUCAAUUCUUGCAUCAGAAGACACUCCUGUCAAGGUGUUAACCUCCAUGGAUGGCCUGGACAUCUCUGUGAGAUGGUUACAGUUCCUUCUUUGUUAAAUUUUUGUAUCGCUUUUGCUGCAGUAUUCUGACUGAUAAGUAAAGCUUUGCUGAUCUUCUUGUAGCCUUCACCUUUCUUGUGUAAAGAAAUUAUUUUCUUUUUCAGGCCUUGUGACAUUUCUCUUGCAUGUAGCACCAUUGCUGACAGCAUGAAAUGGGAAGGGCUUUUCUUUGUUAAGUAAUGCCCUUUUAUAAUCAUCUGUCUGCUGGACACC